AUGUCUUUCUGCAAUAUCAUUCAGCACUUUCGUAGGAGGAUUUUGCAACCUCGCCUGUUAUCUCCUCUAUCUCAAGUUCAAUUCAUUCAACCUUCACCAUUACUUUCAAGAUCUUACGCAAACUCUACUUUUCAUUCUCGAUUUCCUUCUCCACAACUUUCUUUCGUACAAGCUAUAAUUAUUUAUAGUGCACCUUUUUUUUUAUUUAACAUUUUAAUUUCCUUAACCGACAAUUAUAAUAAAUAUGAAAUCAGACGUGUCAACAAUGCCAUACAAAAAUGUACUCUACCUGAAUUGAAUAUUUCAAGUGACAAGUAUUAUCCUCGAUCUCAAGUUUUAGAACAACUCAAGAAAAUUUUUACACCUCAAAAGAACAGUCGACCUUAUUAUUUUAUAUAUGGUAAACAUGGAAUUGGAAAAUCAACAUUGAUUAAAAUGGCAUUAAGAGAAGUUGGACAGGGUAUUGUUUAUGUUGAUAUUCCUCCUGAUAUUAAUGAUUUUGGUAAAAAUUUUGCAAAAGCUAUGAAUAUUAAAAUAUCAGAUUUAACUGAUAAUGUAUUUGUCAGCAGUAAAAAUUUAGUCCCCGAAGGGAGUUCGUAUGGAUAUUGGGUAAAUGUGAAAUAUUUUGAAAUUGGAGAUCUUACAGAAGAGGAAUCUAUUAAUUACCUUGUUAAUAAAAAAAAUAUUAAAGAAGAAGAAGCAAAAAAAAUAUAUGAAUUAGUUGGUGGAUGCAUUAUUGAUUUAGAAAAAGUGGCAGAUGAUUUAUUUUCUGGACAAUCCUUUGAAGAUAUUAAGCAAAAAAUUAAAAUUGAAGUUGGAAAGAAAUUCAGAAUGGCAAAACUUCUUCCGGGUGAUCAAUAUUAUAAAAUGGGAAGGAAUAUUAUUAAUGCUUUAUUGGAUUCUAAAGAGAUUUGUCACUCAGAAUUAUGGAAGUUAUCCGAUUAUUUAGAAAAGGGUAAAAAACUCUUGAAAAAAAAUAUAUUUGAAUAUCACCCUGACACUCAUACAAUUACAUUACAGUCAAAAUCAAUAGAAUACUACAUACGAGAAAAUGCUGAUUUAUUUAUCAAAUAA